UUUUACCUUAACUUUUUCUCUUACUACCGAGACUCAUGAAUGACUCACCUUUACGAGCGCAGGCAUGGAAAAAACCAGGUGAUUUCUGCAACCUUUGAUCUUGCUUCUCGCUCUGAGGUUAUCUCUCUCUCUCUCUACAAAAUCUCACAUUCAUCUUAUUUCUCUCUUUAAUGUUAUCUCUCUCUAGAAAUUCUGCCAUUUUUAUUUCUCUCUUUAAUGUUAUCUCUCUCUAGAAAUUCUCCCAUUUUUCUCUUCCCAACUUUAGUUGUAUUCUAGGGUUUUUUUACUCUCCUCUUGCUCUUUUCUACGCUUAUGUUUUUCUCCACAGAUUCCCUUUUUAUUCAUUUUCUCUCUCUAGUUUUGGUGUCAAUCUAGGGUUUAGGUUUGUUUAUUUUUGCUUCCUCUCUACACUUGGAGGGCUUUCAUGGAAGGCCCUGCCAUAUCCCUGUUGAUUGAUAAAGGCCCUAGAAAGGGAAUGACCCUAGAGGUUAAACCAGGAUCUGACGUCAGAAUAGGCAGAAUCUUGAGAGAGAAUACUUUUCAAAUCAAAGAUCCUGCGAUUUCUCAGAAGCAUUUGGUUGUGGAGUUUAGGGAUAAGGAAUGGAUGAUCACAGAUUUAGAUACCUCCAAUGGAACAAUGUUAAAUGAAGUGAGAAUCCCUUCAAUGGAGCCUUGUACGCUAAAAAAUGGUGAUACCAUCAAAAUUGGUGUGAGAACAGCCAUAACAGUUAGUAUUUUAGAGAGAGAAAAUGUUUUGCCUGCAACCAAUCUUAGGAGAAACACCAGGAGGCAAGUGAAUGCCAAAAUUGAUGUCAAAAAAUGUGGAGGCGAUGUUGCGGUGGUAGAAAGGGGUGUGCAAGCAUUUGAAAACCCUAAUUUUGAUAAAGAAAAGGUUUUGCCUGAAACUAGGGUUAGGAGAAACCCUAGACGCCAAGCGGCUGCUGCUUCUUCAAAGGUUAAUGAGGUUUGUGAUUUUAACCAUGGAGUCAAUACUGAGAAAGGAGGGGAAGACGAUUUGGGUGAAAGAUUGGAAGAACGAAUGUCUGAAAACCCUAAUUUUGACACUAAUAAAUCCCCUGCUAAAGAGAAAAAUGAAAGAGGCAAAGAGAAAAAUGAAAGAGACAAAGAAAUUGUGGGGGAAAACUUGGGUGAACAAAAAGAAAUUGCUUUGGAAAUAGAUGAAGGGGCAUCUGAUAAAAUGCCUGAAUCAAGCAUUGAUAUGGAAAAUAUUACACUAGGGCAAUGGUUAGAUAGGAUGGAGAGAUGGUGGCCAAAGCAUAUACACAACAUCACUGAAGGGGCAAUUUCGAAGAUGAGAGAGCAAGCUAAGGAAAUUCGUGAUCUUGAGUUGCAACAAGAGGGAAGAAUAGCGUGAAGACCUCAGGUUAGUUUGUCAACUUAAAAAGAGAAAAGAGAAACCAAAAAACCUUUGGGUCUCUCAGGGCAAGGUUAAUAAGGCCCAAUAAAUAUUGGAAUCUCACCGAUGGGGGUGUAAUGGCUGAGAUUUGGCCAAGAGCCCAAUAUUUUGGGAUAUUGCCCAUGCCUGUUUCCAUUUCAUUGCCCGAUAUUCCAGGCUUCCUGGCGGAGGGUUCAAACCUAUGUUGGUUUUGAGUGGAUUUUAUGUGCUCAUAGUGUUUUCCAUUCAGAAUUCACUCUUUACGAUGUAAAUUUUCCAAGGGAAUGUAGAUACCCAUGCUAGCUUGGUAGC